AUGGGGAGCGAUGCUUUCACCCUGGUCCUCACCCUGGCCCUGGUGGCAUGCGUUUCCCCUGAGGAGAGGAAGGUACGGGGAUGGGGUCUGUGGCAGAGGGCCCGUGGCUCGCUGAGGGAGAUUUCGGCGGUGAGGGAUGACGGGAGCUUCCAGGGGAAAUACCUCACGCGGGUCACCCUCGCCGGCGUCUGUGCCCGUGCCUCCCCCUUACUGGGCGCCCAGCAGCAGCCCAGCGAGGGGGGCUGGCCCACCUUCGCCUUCACCGUGCGCUGGGACAAGUUCUCCAAUGCCACCACCGCCUUUGCGGGGCAGUGCUUCGUGGACACGGGUGGGAAGGAGACGCUGACCACCAUGUGGCUGGUGCGUGAAGCCGUUGGGUCCCUGGAGGAGGACUGGAAAGCCACAAGGGUGGGCAGAAAUGUCUUCACACGCAAACGCACCCUGAAAGGAAAGAUUCUGCCGAGCUUGUUCCCAUCCUCCACCGCCUUCCUGGGCCAGUGCUAUGUGGGCAGCAACGGGGAGGAGACCCUGCAUGCCCUGUGGCUCCUGCGAGAAGCGGCUGAGAGCCCUGACGAGGACUGGAAAGCCACCCGGAUUGGCACCAGCAUUUUCACCCGGAUAAAAUAA